GUUCGACGCCGCUUUAACUGCCAGGGUUCAAUGCCAUGGAGACCUGAGAGUUGUAGCUAUUCAUAUGAACCCGGAAGUAUUGGAGCUGUCUGAUUUAUCUACACUAAGUCUAUGCGUCCGACCCUUCUUCGGCAGAGAUGGACGAAGAGAGAUAGAGAUGUGGUCUGAAAACAUGUGCCUGUCCAGUCUGUCCAGAGAAAUCUUGCAACAUCCUCUUAGAAAUCCAACUGAUUUAUUUCAUUCUGGGCAUAUUGUAAAAAUAUGUGCGCCUAUGGUUCGAUAUUCGAAAUUAUCUUUCAGAACUUUGGUCAGGAAGUACAACUGUGAUUUAUGCUACACUCCAAUGAUUGUUGCCGCUGAUUUUGUCCGAUCCGAGAAAGCUAGACACAGUGAAUUUACAACAAACCAAGGUGAUCGCCCUCUGAUUGUUCAGUUUGCUGCUAAAGAAGCACAAGUUCUAGCAGAUGCUGCUUGUAUUGUCAGUCCUUUUGCAGAUGGCAUAGACCUAAACUGUGGCUGUCCACAGAGGUGGGCUAUGGCAGAAGGUUACGGUGCAUGUUUAAUAAAUAAACCAGAACUUGUCCAAGAUAUGGUGAAAUUAGUAAAAAAUCAAGUGGAAAAUCCCUUGUUUUCAGUGUCCAUUAAGAUAAGGAUUCACGAUGAUUUAAAAAGAACCAUAGAUCUAUGUCAAAAAGCUGAAGCAGCUGGAGUAUCCUGGAUUACUGUCCAUGGGAGAAAUGUAGAAGAAAGACAUCAGCCAGUACACUGUGAUGCAAUUAAAAUAAUUAAGGAAAGUGUGUCUAUACCAGUGGUAGCUAAUGGUGAUAUGAAAUCUUUAAAAGAUGUGGAGGACGUCCAUCAGAUAACAGGAACAGAUGGCUUGCCCAAAAAGAUGACGUUUCAGUGGACGGCCGUGGCAGCCUUCCUCUAUGCCGAGAUCGCGAUCUUGUUGAUCCUCUGCUUGCCAAUCAUUUCCCCCGUAAGAUGGCAAAAGGUGUUUACUAUCCGUAUAUGGAGCAAACUUGCAAACUAUUGGAACAAGGCAUUCCUUACUAUCAUAGUUCUAUUAAUUGUUUUAUUUCUUGAUGCAGUAAGAGAAGUGAGGAAGUACUCCAGUCUCCAGUCAAGUGACAAAACUACACACACAUCAUCGCCCAAUGCAUUUGAUCAUAUUCAAAUGAAACUUUUUAGAGCACAGCGGAAUCUUUAUAUCUCUGGAUUCUCCCUUUUUCUUUGGCUUGUACUGAGACGUACUGUUUCACUUAUCACUAUGUUGGCAAAAGAAAUGAAAGUCCAGAUGAAUCUAGAAACAGAAAUAGCAAGCACCAGUACAAACGCUAAGAAAUACUUGGAAGAAAACGAAAAGCUGCAGAAAGCACUGAAAUUUAAAAAGACUUGUAACAGUGAAAGUUUAUCUGAUGCAGAAAAUGAACAAAUGAAGCAAGAAGUGCAAAACUUGAAAGCAGAAUUAAAGAAAAUGUCACAUGCUCUCACGCAGAAAUCAGAUGAAAUGUGUGAAGUUAAAAAGCAGUGUGAACACCUUAAGAGAGAAUAUGAUCACCUCGCAAAAGAACACCACAAAAUGCUGGACCACCAGCAUGAAAAACCUAAAAAGAAAGCCCUAUAGAUGCCUUAUGAGACAUUGGCUUUUAAUAAAUAAUAUGCCUCAGUGUGCACUGUCUCUUGUUCAUAGCUUUACACUUCAAGGCUAUGUGAGGGAAAGCCUUACUUUCUUUCAAGAAAAAUGCACUAGCGUUCGUUGCUGAAAUUCUAUAGAUAAAUGUUGGUUGCCAAACAUUAUAUUUUGCAAUGAAAAUAAUGGCCAAAAGACAAAUCUGCUUUAGUCGUGCCUGAGACCCAGGGAAUUGUUGCCUCUUCUUGGUUUAAAAAAUGCCUAUGGCUCACUGCAGAUUCCUGUGGCAUAUCAUAAAUUGCAUUUAGUUACAAAAGAGAUUUGACUUAUCUCAUGGUUAGCUGCUGUUAAAAAAAGUCUGCACUUUGCUUGGGUGAACAAAAACAUCUGUGUGGUUAUUUAGAUUUAUACUGGCGAGUGAUGUACCAGAAAUAUAGUAUGAUGUAUCUUUCAUUACUACAAAAAACAUAUUAAAGCAUUUUCAAAUAGAAAUUGCCACUUAAAGUAACUGUUCAGCAGAAACUCACCACUGAACAUAAAAACUGGAGAUAACUAGGUUGCUGUGAGUCUUUUGGGCUGUAUGGCCAUGUUCCAGAAGCUUUAUCUUGACGUUUCGCCCACAUCUGUGGCAGGCAUCUUCUGAGGUUGUGAGGUAUGUUGGAAACUAAGCAAGGGAGGAUUAUAUAUCUGUAUAAGAUCCAGGGUGGGAGAAAGACUCUUUUCUGUUGGUGGCAGGUGUGGAUGUUGUAAUUAAUCACCUUGAUUAGCAUUUGAUGGCCCUGUGGCCUCAAGGCCUGGCUUCUUCCUGUCUGGGAGAAUCCUUUGUUUGGAGGUGUUAGCUGUCCCUGAUUGUUUCAUGUCUGUAAUUUCUCUGUUUUCUGAGUGUUGUUCUUUAUUUACUGUUCUGAUUUUAAAGUUCUUUUUUAAUACUGGUAGCCACACCUGCCUCCACACAUGCCUCCACCAGAAAAGAGUUCUUUCUCCCACCCUGACCAUAAACAGAUAUAUAAACCUCCCUUGCCUAGUUUCCAACAUACCUCACAACCUCUGAGGAUACCUGCCACAGGUGUGGGCGAAAUGUCAGGAGAGAAAGCUUCUAGAACAUGGUCAUACAGCCCGAAAGACUCAAAGCAACCCAGUGAUUCUGGCCAUGAAAGCCGUCAACAAUACACUGGAGAUAACUGUUGAUUAUAUUACAGACUUUACAAAUUAUAUCAAACAAUAAUAUAAACCCACUGAACCAAAGUUUGGAUACUGUUUUAAUGGGUCUGCUCUGUAUAGACUGAAAUUUUGAUUUAGGUCCACGUGCUUAGUUGUACAGAUAUGUACAUUUGAGUUUUCCUUCCCCCCCACCCAAUUAAUUUUUUGAUUUCUUUGUGUACAAAAAUUAUACAUCUGAAAACAGAUUUGUAUACAAUUUACAAACCAGGAUUGUGCUUUGCAAGUUAUAUACAAAUGUUUACAGUAUAUGUAUCAGUUUAAGUGGAAAUAUAUCCCUCAUGAAUAGAAGGAAGAAGAGCUUUUUAAAAACUUCCUAGUAGAGAAAAGCAACAAGACAGUGUUUUUGCCCAUUCCCUUCUCCUCUCUGCCUGCCAUGCUCUGGAAGCACCCUCAGCCAUCCAGCACCACUUUUUAGGAGGCCUAGGGAACGAGUGGCAAGAAGAAAUUGGUGAGUUGACCCCCUUCUUCUAUUGCUGGGAGAAUGCUGGCAAAGUCUAGCUCAUUAUUUGCUGCUGAAAGAUUCACCUUUUAUGCAUUUUAUUUGAAUGUGAAUUUGUUAAUAAAGAUAUUACUUAAGCUUCA